UAAACAUUGGCGGGUCCUGAGGGGAUGGUUCAAAUCCAAAAAAGGAGUUGCACAAGGGAGACGAACAUCCAACAGUGAAUCAUCACCUCCUACCAGCGGUGUGUUACAUUGACCAGAGCAGUGCAGCCGUAGAGGGGUGGCAACGCAAGCUGUGCAGGAAUACUGCACCAGAUAUUGGUCUACUUUUCUCAAAUUGCAUGCGCUAUUAUGUCAACGGUUGUAAGAGAAGCUUAAAUUUACUGUCUUGGUGCUAAACCUUUGAUAGUUCAAAAGAAGAGAACGUGCUCUUCCGCCUGAAGAGAAGUCAUGAAUAGAGAGAAGGUUCAGCUGGGAGAUCUCUCAAUCGCUUCUCCGCCGGCGUCGGGUGUGGCUGCCCAAACAGCGGUGAUCGUCGUGGCCGCUCCAGAAAGCAUGGACAAUCACAGCGAGAAGCGGCUCUCUGCCAACGAACUGUCGGUGUUUUCCUGUCCCGCCGGUAGAGACAUACUGCAAGGGGACAGUCGAAACAACUCUCCACGCCAAGAACCGGCUCCGAUAGCAAUGCCAACCGUUCACCGGACCACCGCGUUUUCUGUUUUGGACAUUUUGGACCCAAAUAAGUUUACGAGCAAAAAGCAAAAUCCUAACCGGACAGGCAGUGAAUUCGCCUUCGGGACAGAGAACCGUGGAGGUGACGACUCGAAUCAUGCUGUAGAUCAGAAAUCUUAUGCAGAAGACUAUGAAUGUAAAAAAUCUACAGGACUAAAGGAGGGGCUGGUGUACAGAUCGGACGAAUGUGAGAAUGAUUUCAACAGAGGCUCCCACUCUGACAGCGAGAUGCAGGAUGACUUAUUUGGUGAGGAGAGCAGCAGUGCCCUAACUGGAAAUGCCGUGGGGGAUCUGGGCCACCAUGAAGACGACGACCAGGAGAGCAAGAGCCCAAGAAGUCCUGACGGACAGCAAACGCAACAGUCAGGGUCGAAUGGACAAAGUCAUCAAGGAAAGCCGAAGAGAAAGCGCUCUGGCUCCGAUUCAAAGUCGGGUAAGCCACGAAGGGCCCGGACAGCAUUCACUUACGAACAACUUGUUGCACUGGAGAACAAAUUCAAGUGCACCCGUUAUCUCUCCGUGUGUGAGAGGCUAAAUUUGGCACUGUCACUUAGUUUGACUGAAACUCAAGUCAAAAUCUGGUUCCAGAACAGACGGACCAAGUGGAAGAAACAGAACCCUGGCGCAGACACCAGCGCCCCGACGGGCGGGGGCCCGAAUGGCCAGAGCAAUGGACUAGGGGGCCUGAGUCCGCUCAGCCCGUCUCCUCCCAUGAGCGGCCAUCUGUCAAUGCACACGAGCUAUGGUCACGGGCCAGGCGGGCUAGUCUGCACCACCCAAUUACCCUUUCUGCCAAGUCAUGCGGUACUGUCACCUUUCAUGUUAGGAUCUCAGACUUACGGAGCGCCUGCGUUUUACACUUCUCACCUGUAAAGACAUGGAGAUAGGUGUGGUUUUAUGCCCAAACAUUAUGUUUUCAGAGGCGUCUAAAAUUAACCGAUAUUAUCAAACGAAUUGACUCCAAUGAGAUAUUAACUUAAUAACCAUAUUACACGUAUGGUUUAAGAGAACUAAAGACAUGCCCUUACCUAAAGACUAAAAUGCACUUGAUGCUAGAUGGGCAGAACUCUGAUGAACAUUUCAUGUUGUUGUUUCGUCAAGGACAUUUAAUGCUCGAAGAAAACUAACCUUUACCAAGGGAAGAAGAUUUUUCUUAUGCUAAUGUUGUAUUUGACUUUUGUUUUCAUUUUGAUAGAAUGUGAAUACUCGUGGUCAAAAUGUAUAUAGGCCUACAAAUGUUGGCAAAUACAUGUCUAGCUUCUAAUUUCGAAUGCAGUUCAUAAAUAUUAGAGAGUUGAACAAAUACAUGUAGGCCUAUCAAUAUAGUUCAUUUACAUCUGGAAUGGCUUGAAAUAUUGUAAUUACUGUGUAACUAAACUGUGAAAGUUAAAUAUGAUUGUUUUCAUAUAAGUUGUCCCUACUAUUUUAUUUUAUAUAGUUACCUGAUAAUAUUUGGCUGUAAUGAAUGCUCAUUUCAUCUGGAUUCGUCUUCGAUAAGACAAAGUAAAAUAACAAUAAACUAUAGGCUACCAUUUACAAACGAAUAAGCUACUUAAAUAUGAAUAUUUAAUAGAUUCAAUUCUUUAUGUUCAGUGGAUACAUUUUUUCCUUUCCACCAAAUUAAAGGACAUUUUGGAACAGAAUAAAGUUUUUCCUCCCCCUUUUAAAGAAAUGUUUAACUCUUAUUUUACCAGUUAUUUAUGUUGGCCACCCGAUGAUAUUAUGUUGCAUUUUUUUUCUAACCAAAAAGCUAUAGCCUAUAUUUAAUGUUAACUUUUUUAUGCGGAAAAAGUAUAGGAGAUAUUGACUAAAACAGUUGCCUAACCAUAGGCCUGUUACUGGAUCCGCCGUGGCGAAUAUCUAUAGCCUAACUUUUAUUAAUUUAAUUUAAUUACUUAAUGGAUAAUGGAUUUAUUGAGUUAGGUUUUAUUGAUAUGAAAUUUGACAACGGCUCCCUGAAUCGAUUUGAUGAGGAAAAACACUCACUGGUAACUUAAACGGCAUCCCUCUGUAAAAGAGGGAUUUUUACUUUAUAACUAUUGAGAGAAACGAAUUUCAUUGUGGGAUAAUGUCAUGCCAAAUUCCGGAUAGCCAUAGGCUACUAAUGCGCGUGUGCGUAAAUUAAGGUUAUAGAAUAUUUGAAUGAGUUCAUCAUUAAAAGUCUAACAAAAAUAUAUGUGGUGAUUGAAUGUAUUUAAGCAACUUCUUUCAUUUUUUUCCCAUCUGGGAUAAGGAGACGCAUUUGAAUAGGGCCACCAGUCAACAGUGCACGUUUUGCACUAUCGAUGCAAGUUGUAGGCUAGGUAUAUACAAUAUUUAAAACUAUAGUUUCGUCGAGUUUAUAAGGACAAAAGUAACAUGGAUACAGCAUUUAUUUAUAUUCCUUUUGCACCUGAUGACUAUUUGGUUUCGGAUCAUAGUCUGUAUUUAUACGGUCCAAAAUGGUGUGAUGAAAUGGCACAUGCCAGCCAUUAGGGAACGUGCGCCUGGAAUCAUUCUAGAAUUUCACAUGUAGGUAUGACUAAACACAAAUGCAUUAUACGACGUAGCCUAGAAUAUAGCCUCCACUUUGUAGAUAGUCUAAACAACUUUCCAGAUUACGGGAUUAUUUAGAGCAUGGGACAUUUCUUGGAGACACACAGACCCGACCAAGGCGUUGCAGAAAAUAGCCUAUGUAGUGUGUAUUUUUUGUUAUCUGCCAGCUGUUUUAAGCAAGUCUCAGAAUCUUGCAGUAUCUUGUUGGACAAUGUAA